GGGAGCUUUCAGGAAACUCCCAGCUUACAAGCUGUAAUUACGAGCUCUACGAGGACGUGAACGCUUUUUACAAGCUAGAAUGUCGUAACUACAGGAAUUACGAGGCCGCGUGAACGCACCUAAAGCUAAGUAAAUCUGUUAUGUUUUAUGAGAAAAGAUAGGAGGAGCUAUGACUUCACUGCUGAAAAUUCUUUCAGAUAAUCUGAGACCACAUCUGAUACUCACAAAUAAGAUUAAAGAGGAGAAAAGAGCAAUGGCAGAAUCAUCACCAAAACAAAGCGAUGCCAGGAGGAAGAGUGUGAAUAAACCUCUAACAACUCUGUCAUCCUCCAGUGGUCCUCUGUCAGAGGAGCUCCAGUGCUCGAUCUGUCUGGAUGUGUUCACUGAUCCAGUCAGCACUCCAUGUGGACACAACUUCUGUAAGAGCUGCCUGAACCAGUGCUGGAACAACAUUCAGAUCUACUCGUGUCCAUUAUGUAAAGAAACAUUCAAAAGAAGACCCAACCUCAAGAUCAACACAGCGCUUAGAGAGGUUGUGCUACUCUUUAAAGGAAACUCUGGUCAGAGUAAAUCUGAGGUUCUCUGUGACAUCUGUGAUGAUAUAAAGAUGAAAGCCCUGAAGAUGUGUCUGGAGUGUCAGAUCUCAUACUGUCAAACUCACCUGGAGCCUCAUCAGAGAGUCCCAAAGUUAAAGAAACACAAACUGAUCGAUCCUGUGGAGAAACUUGAGGACUAUAUCUGUCAGAAACAUGAGAAACCUCUGGAGCUGUUCUGUAGAGAUGAUCAGACAUGUGUGUGUUUGCUCUGCGCUGUGACAGACCACAAGACUCACAACACUGUUUCUGUAGAAGAGGAGAGUCGAGAGAGGAAGUCUCAGCUGAUGAAGAUUCAGACAGACAUGCAGCAGAUGAUCCAGGACAGAAUGAAGAGGAUUCAAGACCUCAAAUGCUCUGCAAAACUCAGAAAAGAAGUGUUAAAGAAAGAGAAAGCAGAGAGUAUUGAGCUCUUCACUGAUCUGAUCCGCUCCAUUGAGAGAUGUCAGUCUGAGUUGCUGGAGAUGAUGGAGCAGAAGCAGAAAGCAGCAGAGAAGCAGGCUGAAGAGCUCAUUAAAGCGCUGGAGCAGGAGAUCACUGAGCUAAAGAGGAGAGACACUGAGCUGGAGCAGCUCUCACACACUGAGGAUCACCUGCACCUCCUACAGAUUUACCCGUCCCUGAGCAGACCUGCACACACCAGCAGCUGCUCUGAGAUCAGUCUUAGUGACACUCAUGUGAGUGUGGAGACUCUGAUGAGAUUUCUGACUCAACUGAAGGAGACACUAGAUGAGAAACUCAGCAAAACUGUCUCCACAGAACUGAAGAUGAUGCAGCGAUAUGCAGUGGAUGUGACUCUGGAUCCUGAUACAGCUUCUCCAUAUCUAAUCCUGUCUGAUGAUGGAAAACAAGUGGCAUGUGGAGACAUUGAGCUUAAACUCAAAAACAACCCAAAGAGGUUUGACACUUGUCCCUGUGUCCUGGCAAAAGAGGGAUUCAGCUCAGGAAGAUUUUAUUUUGAGGUGCAGGUAAAGAGAAAGACAGACUGGGAUUUAGGAGUGGCCAGAGAAUCCAUUAACAGGAAGGGGAUGAUCAUAGCAGUUCCUGAGGAUGGAUACUGGGCUGUAGCUCUGAGGGAUGAGAAUCAGUAUGAGGCUUAUGAAUCUCCUUCUGUCUUUCUGUCUCUGAGAGUGAAUCCUCAGGUAGUUGGUGUGUUUGUGGAUUAUGAGGAGGGUCUGGUCUCCUUUUAUGAUGUGGAGUCCAGAUCUCACAUUUAUUCUUUCACUGGUCAGACUUUCACUGAGAAACUCUUCCCAAUCUUUAGCCCUUAUAAUAAUAAAAAAGGAGAAAAUGCAGCACCACUGAUCAUCUCACAUCAGAUAAAAUGAAUUUACACCCCAAUAUUAAUAAGAAUAUGAAAAUAUCUUUUUAGUGCUAUGAAUACUUGUUGUCAAACAAUGUUUUCCAGCUUUGAAAAUCUGCUGUAUUUUUUUUCAACUGUAUAAAUGUUCCUUGUUAGUCCAAAAACUUCCUUGUUAGUCCAAUAAAAGCUUUAAUUGACACCAGACCCAGAAAACGACAGGAUUUACAAAGUGGGGAUCUAUGACGUCAAAGGGCAGCAAGCACCGCCUCUGCAGAAGAAGAUCAACGCCUACUUCAUUCCUGCCUGUUAAGCCUCGCCCACCGAUUCGCGCAUGACAUGCAAUAGAAUAGGUAGUAAAGAGAACACAAGAGACGACACUUUGAUACUUUUUGGGUAACAGCCACUAGAUGGCGCUUCGGUAGCGCGACCGCCAUUAUGGGGUGAAAAUACUAACUGGACCAUAGAAUCCUUCACAUCUUCACAAUUUCACUGCCAAAUCAGAAGCGCAAUAGCACAGUUUUUAAAUUAAGUCAUCAGUAUGGCUCCUACAAUGUAAAAAAAUCCUAAUUUUAUGGAAAAUAACUGUGAUUUUUUAUGGUCAUUUUCUUUUCUUUUAAAUUAUACUCAAAACUCUGUAAAAUUACAAACAAUGUAUGUAAAUGAACAACUCGGCUGUUAUUUUAUGUGUUAUGACAUUAAUGAAAAAUUACAGUAAUUCUUUUUUUUUUUUUACAGAAAAUUUAGGCCUACUGUAUUUUUUAUACAGUAUUUUUUUCUGUUUUCUUAAAUUACAAACAAAUGUAAAAUUACAAAAAUAAUCAGUAAUUAAACAGUAACAAAACAGUUAAAUGGUAAAACGGUCAAAUGAAUGACAGCCAAAAAACCCUGUAGAAUUAAAGUAAAAUAUCCUAAUUUAAAUAAACCGAAAAACGCUGUUAUUUUACAGGUAUUUCCUGAAUUAUUACGAUCAAAUUCAAAAUUAAACCUUUACUUUAAAAAGCGUAUAAAAAAAAAGGUCAAUCAACAAAGCUUUUUUGUGACUUUAGUAGCUUGUUUUGUGAUGUUGUGAGUUGAUCUGAAUUUUUUGUUGGUUUUUUUUGUUUUUUGUAUUCUUGAUAUCUGUAUGAGCCUGCAUGACCUUGACAGAAAAAAAAAUAGUUUGUAGUAUUACAGCACUGCAAAAGUUUUGGUACUUUAAAUUACAACUGAUAUUAAACAAUUAAGAGACCAGAAUCUGCUAUCAGUGAGUCAGACCACUUUAUGAUGACUGUCAUUAAAGAUUUUCUUUUUUCUUUUUUGCUAAUAAACAUGCAUCAGAAACACACAGUUAAAGCAGUCUGAAAAAUACUAAUGUUAAAGUGUCAAGGGUCAAGAGCUCAACUAAAGCAAGCGCUGACCACCAGAACGGUGACUUCAAACUUUAUUAUUUUAUUCAAUAAAACAUCAACAUCUAAACCUCUGUUAAUUCUCAAUAAUAACUUUAAUAUGAAAUAAAGUGUGGAUUGUAAUAAGUGAAGAUGCUGAGAUCUUGAGAGAUCUGUUAGUGUUUUAUGUUCUGUUGGGAUUAAGAGGGUUUCUAUCGUGUGUUUUGUGGGUCACCAUCGUGCUGAAGAGUAGAGCCUGUGCUUCAGUCCAGGAUGAGCCAGAAAAUGUCAAUGUUAUGCUGCA